GCCUUUGAUAUCUGCCUUGGGCAAUUAAGCGCAAUGAAAAGGGGCCCCCUCUAUCGAGUGAAAACGGUGGUUAUUUUCCUCACGGUCGGACCUUGGCAAGGCCAGAGCCCUGUUUCCGUUGCCAAGAAUCUACAACAGGCUAAUAUUGAGGUAUUUGUGAUUGGUGUCGGAAACAGAAUUCUGGAGACCAACUUACAAAAGAUGGUUAAUAAUGCAGACAAACAAGCCUUUUACAUCAGAACCUUUCGGGAGCUUGCCGAGCUGUCGCUUUUUCUUAGGGGAGGUGAGUGAACGGAAGCUUUCAUUUUUACAAUUUUUUUUGCAUUUUUGGUUCUAGAAAAUAAUACAACAACAAGCUUUAUUUGUGGAUCCAUACAAGUACAUACAGUAUUUCUCAAGCUAUUUAUAACUAUGUUGUAAGAAUAAUAACCAAAAAUUAAUCAUCGGACAAUUUAACUUCUUUGUUAAUAAUUCGUCGCGAAAUAAUAGGAAAUAAAAUAAUAAAAUCAAUAAUAAAUCAAGGAAAUCAAGGCCAAGAUGUGGGGAGAUAUCAGCCACCAAAUAUUCUGCGAGGAAAUAAAUAGUAUCUGUAACGAGGUUGUUCAUUUCCGAAUAAAUAUUUUUAAUCUACCGUCGGGCGAAGCAGGUAAACACUUCAUCGAGGAGCUGACAUUUUGGCUGAAACAAUGUUGUAAGAAUAAGAACCAAAAAUUAAUCACCAGAGAAUUCAGCUUCUUUGUUAAUAAUUCGUCGCGAAAUAAUAGAAAAUAAAAUGAUAAUAUUAACAAUAAUGCUAAUAAUAAUAAUAAUUAAAAUUUUAACAAUGAUGAUAACUAAGAAUGUUGAUAUCGACGUCGAAGUUGUUGAAGGAGCCAUUAAAUCGGACUAUUGAUGUGUUUCCUUACUUCCUAUACAUCUUUUUAUUUCAUUAUUAUUAUUAUCUUUUUUUUUUGUUUUUAGCACUUGAAAGAAACUUUUGAAUUUUAGAGGUUGACAGUUUUCUUUUUUAUUGCAAUGAAAUGUUUUUAAUUCGAAAAAAUUUUUCUUAGUUAAAUUAACUCUUUUUAAGCUAAAUUAAGUGCUUUUUAAAUCGACAGGAAUUGUAAAUAGUGUUGUUGAAUGAAUAGUUUUUUCUUUUUUUUAAGCGAAUUAAUUGUAAAUAUGAUUUUAAUAGUUAGCAUUGUUGUCAAUAAAAUUUUUUCUCUCUUAUGAUGAUGAUAAUAAUAAUAAUAAUAAUAAUAAUAAUAAUAAUAAUCUGACAUCCGAAUUAAAGGUAAAAAAAGUUACGAGCCUGAUUACUCUGAAUUUUACGACAAAAAGCCCUAGGUUAUUACCAUCGCUCAUUCGAUGUUGACCAUAGGAAUGGAAUAGUUAUCAAAGUACAAAGUUACGUUAUCACCACCAUGUCAAUCAAUUAUUGUAUCACAUUAAGAGAGUGACUACCAAUGGUAGUUUUUUGGUGGGGAAGUAAUGACUUCGGAGGUACAAGAUCCUAGGUCCUAAGAUUAAGAAAGCAUUACAUCAUAACAGUUAUAAUCAUUUAUUGUUAUUUUUUUAUUUCUUUUUAGACCCGUUUGGUACAAGAUCGCAAAACGUCGACCCCAAUAAAUGCAACACCAAUUGUGAC